AUGGGAUGUGGGGCGAGUACCUCGACGGUACGGUCGUUCAGGUGUCCUGGAGUCACGGAAGUCACAGCGGUUCCCUUCCACGACCUUGCGAAGCCGCCGCAGCAGCCAGCCGAUGUGACUCCUGCCUCAGCUGCUCCUAGCACCAGGAAGCUGUUCCAGCGCAAGGAGGCGACCUGGGCAUCCGUGGGUGCAAGCACCGCCGAUGUGGAAGACCACGUCGCACGGGAAAGCUGGUCGUCUUGGGAUUCCCGUCACUGGAAGGAGGAGGACAACUUCCACGUACCUGACGCGCUUUGGGACCCCAUUCCUUCGACAAAUUGGAUCCGCUACGGCCUCACGAAGACCCGGAACCAAAGGACGGCCGGAACUUUCCUGCACCGCCAGAUCGCCGUUUGCACGAGCGCCACCUCAGAACUCUCAACCGGUUCCGGCGUGACGUGGAGUCCGCGCCGCGGGUAUUUUCGAAGCUCGUUGCCGCCUCUCGCGGGCUCCUCACUACUGAAAGCAAGCGUGAGCAGCCUUGACGCCGUGCAUGUCAGGAAGGGAGGGCUGAUAAAGCCCCAAGCCACAUGUCGUGUCCAAUCCAACAGCGAGCAAAACCUCCCAAGCAACCCCUGA